CCGUAGCACUUGUGACAUCACAGAUUAUCAAACUAUUGACACUGACAAUAGUGACAUUGGCCAAUAAACUCAAAUAAGUUUGUUUUGAACUGAUGUGGCCAAAGACGACAUAAAAAGUGAUAAUUAUUGUACUGCAACACAAAGGGGAACUAAUUCGAGUUGCAAUGUUGUGAUCCAAAUAUUGCCAAAACUUAAUCACGUGUACAAUUAUAGUUUAGAGAAAACAUGGCUUAUCAGACACUAAGAAAUGAGUAUUUGAAUACUCCUCCUAUUACAAGGGCCUAUACAACCGCUUGUGUUAUCACAACUUUGGCUGUACAACUAGAACUGGCAUCGCCAUUUCAACUGUAUUUCAACCCUAUAUUAAUUUUAAAGGGGCAAAUAUGGAGGCUAGUCACAACGUUUCUAUUUUUUGGCACAUUUGGCUUCAAUUUCCUGUUUACAAUGAUAUUUACGUAUCGGUACUGUCGAAUGUUGGAAGAAGGGUCCUUUAGGAACAAGUCAUCAGAUUUUUUUAUGAUGUUUUUAUUUGGUGCAACAUUGCUGAUUAUUAUUGCAUUUUUCGUAAACAUUUUAUUCCUAGGGCAGGCCUUUACGAUUAUGCUAGUAUAUGUAUGGUCAAGAAGAAAUCUUUUUGUUAGAAUGAAUUUUUUCGGGUUGUUGAAUUUCCAGGCCCCGUACUUGCCAUGGGUUUUGGUGGCGUUUUCCGUUCUGCUUGGAAACGCCAUUUACGUGGACUUAAUGGGAAUAGCUGUUGGACAUAUUUACUAUUUUUUGGAAGAUGUUUUUCCGAAUCAAAGAGGCGGAUUCAAAAUCUUGAAAACACCCAAUGUAUUAAAACUAUUAUUGGACGAAUUACCUGAGACUGGUGAUUAUCAAAGACUACCCGAAGAUAAUCCUGGUGGCUUUGAUUGGGGCAACCGCGAAAUUGCAGAGGAUAAUGGCAGAAAUGAGAACCAACAAAAUGUGGAAAACAAUCAGUGAUAUGAACUAAACUUGUGUAUUAUACAGUUGUUUAUAACUUUAAUGUGUUUGUUUGCAUUACUACAAUACAAUGUUUUAAACUCUUGGA